AUGUCUUCAAGUCAGCAAACAUUUACUGAGCACCUACUGUGUACAAGAUGAACAUCUGCAACAAGCCCUCUAACAAGACAGCCCCUGAGAAGAGUGUGUGGACAGCGCCUGCACAGGCCAGCGGACCCUCCCCGGAGCUGCAGGGCCAACGGUCCCGCCGGAAUGGGUGGAGCUGGCCCCCUCACCCACUCCAGAUUGUGGCCUGGCUGCUGUACCUCUUCUUUGCUGUGAUUGGCUUUGGGGUCCUUGUUCCCCUUCUGCCUCACCACUGGGUGCCUGCUGGCUAUGCUUGCAUGGGCGCCAUCUUUGCUGGCCACCUCGUGGUGCACCUGACUGCUGUUUCCAUCGAUCCAGCAGAUGCCAACGUGCGGGACAAGAGCUAUGCAGGGCCCCUGCCCAUCUUCAACCGCAGCCAACAUGCACACGUCAUUGAAGACCUGCAUUGCAACUUGUGUGACGUGGAUGUGAGUGCUCGUUCCAAGCACUGCAGCGCCUGCAACAAGUGCGUGUGCGGCUUCGACCACCACUGCAAGUGGCUCAACAACUGCGUGGGCGAGAGGAACUACUGGCUCUUUCUACACAGUGUGGCAUCUGCCUUACUGGGUGUCCUGCUCCUCGUGCUGGUGGCCACUUAUGUCUUUGUGGAGUUCUUUGUCAACCCCAUGCGGCUGCGUACCAACCGCCACUUCGAAGUCCUGAAGAAUCACACAGAUGUGUGGUUCAUGUUCCUGCCUGCUGCCCCUGUGAAGACCCAGGCUCCUGCCAUCCUGGCUCUGGCUGCCCUACUCAUCCUUCUGGGCCUGCUCUCCACAGCUUUGCUCGGCCACCUGCUCUGUUUCCACAUUUAUCUCAUGUGGCACAAGCUCACCACCUAUGAGUACAUUGUGCAGCAUCGUCCGCCACAGGAGGCAAAGGGGUCCCACAGGGAGCUCGAAUCAUGUCCCCCCAAGAUGCGGCCCAUUCAGGAUACAGAGCUCUACAUGCGGACCUUCGGUCAUGUGCGCCCAGAGCCCCCUGGCCAGGCCAGGCCUGCCGCAGUGAAUGCCAACCCCUCUGGGUUUCUUGCCACCCACGGCCAAGUGGAGCCUCCACCACCCUCCUCCCCAGAGACCCUCGCUUUGCCCCCCGGGAUCCAAUCCCAGAAAAAGAGGAAGCGGCGCAUGUAUAAGGUGCCCACCUCUGGGACCUCGGACCGGGAGCCUCCGUUGCCCAGGCUACCGGGGCCCCGGACCUCAGGCUGUCACUCCAGCUCGUCGUCGGAUUCCGCGGACGCCAGUCCUGUACACACCUCUGGGCCUGCGGCUGCCUACCACUCGGCGUCAGCCGAGUCCAUGGACGAGAUUCCGGUGGCUCAGACGCGCCUAGGCAGCGCCGCUCUGGCCGCCGGAGUGGUCAGGGACUGAGGGUCCGGACUGGCGCUGCAGGCGCUUGCGUCAGCCGCUUUCGUGAGCCGGAGCAGCGGCAAGCCCGGGGCUCGGGGCAGCCCGGAGGCUCGUCUGGUGUAGCUGGGCAGAGAAUUAGGAUGGCAGAGGAGCGGCGGCACCGACUCUCUA